AUGUCGGACAAUCAAGACCUCUUGCCCAGCGCUAACAACUGGAUAAAGUCAAAUCGAGGAACAUAUCGCUUGGACAGCGUUAUUGGCAAAGGCGGCUACGGAAUUAUUUUUCGAGGCUCCAGCGAAAAUGCAUCUGUGGCGAUCAAAGUUGAAAAAUAUAGUAAAUCGAUGCUUCACAUUGAGGCAGAUGUCAUGAGAACGGCAGCGAGAAAACGCUGCAAGCAUAUUUGCCAGUUACUUGACUGGGGCGCGGAAAAACCCAAUUAUAUGUUUAUUGUGAUGUCUCUUCUUGGAAAGGAUCUUCAAAAGCUUCGAAACGAGCAAGCAAAUCGUAAAUUCUCUCUGAGCACCGCCAUUCAUGUUGGAUUGCAAACACUAGAAGCUAUCGAAGAAUUACACCAGUGUCGCUUUAUAUCGCGAGACAUUAAACCUGGGAAUUUUGCUGUUGGUCUUCGAGAAAAGAAAAAAACGUUGUUUUUAGUCGAUUUUGGCUUAUCAAAAAAGUAUAUUGAUAAGAACGGGAAUCACCAUUCUUCGCGUGGAGAAGUAGGCUGGCGUGGCACAAUCCGGUAUGGAUCGCUUCAUGCUCAUUUGGGAGUGGAUCUUAGUCGAAGAGAUGAUGUGGAAUCAUGGCUUUAUCUUCUCGUGGAAAUCACCAAAGGGUCACUUCCAUGGCGCAAUUUGACUGAUCGAAAAGCUGUUCAAACCGCAAAAAUAUCAGCAAGAAACGAAGGCCGAGAAAAAUUUCUUGAAAAUUGUCCAAAACAGUAUGAUAACAUUCUGAAUAUAGUGGAUGAGCUGAAUUUCAAAGAUGAACCAAAUUACGACGAAAUGAAGCAAAUUCUGCUAGAAGUACGAAAUGUCACAAUAAGCUAG